AGAUGCGUGAGGAGUGGGGAUGGGUUAUUUUGUCGACAAGACUAUUAUAUCAAAUCUAUUGCUCAUUUUUCGAUGCAAAAUAGAUUAUAUUACACUGGAACGAAUAUUUCUUUUAUCAGAUUUUGUCAACAAACGUCGUUGUUAUCAUUUAUUUUGAAUUCAACUAAAAUUUGUAAAUAUCUUACGUUUGUAUUGGAUGUAACGCUGAAUUCCUGCACUCUAAUUGGAUCUGUCCAUGAACAUAGAACAUGGGAAGUUCCCAUUGACAACAUAAUACAGUACAAGUACUCUUUGAUUAAAACAUCCGGACGUUCGAUUAAAACGUAAGUCGGGCUGAAGCUGUUGGGGGCUAUAACGACAACGGACUGAAUGUUUUAUACUUCAGAUUUUGUAAUAUGGCGCGUCAGCCUAGCUUCACGAUAUCUCACGGCAUUUCACGUUUGUCGGUCGUGCCGCCACGUGAUGUUCCAUCGUGAAGAUAGGCUUUGACGUGCCACGUUAUAAAAAUCGAAGUAUAAUCGAAGCAUAUACACUUGUAGCCUCCACUAUAGUGAGCAUCGUACGAAUGGGGGCUUGUCAAUUGUCAUCGUGUUGUUUUGGUUGAGGAGUACUGUAGAAUGUGUUUGCCUUCUAGAAGAUUACUGAAGAAUGUGUUGAAACGAGUUUGACAUGCAAUAUGAUGCAAGUUAAUUAUUUCAGUUUUAUGUGAUCUUAAGUUUUUGAGUGACUAAUAGUGUUUAUUAACAUUUUUAGUAAUAUGUUGUUUUGAUUGGGCAUACAAUGGAUAAAGCUAUAAAAAAUUGGAAUCCUUCACUUCUGCCUGAGUGUCAAAUAAUUGUAUAGGUCUCGUGUGGAAAGUGCCCAGUAAUCUGAUGCGUGAAAAAAUAUAAUUAAAAUGUUUUAUAGUAGUAUUUUAUUUACUGGGAUCUUUUUUCAAUUUUGUUAUCACUGCUAUGGAAAUCAGACAGAUUCCCAGAAAAAUGAUUCAUACGUCCCUCAUGGACCACUUGUAAGGUGUGAAUUCUUACCCCUGGAGUUUAUGGAUUGUGAGGAGCCUACUGAUUUUAAAGGAAAUGCUACUGCUAAAGAAGCAGCAGGACAUGGCUGUGUUACUUUUGGUGGAUAUCGCUAUGAAGAUGUUGAAAAGGCAUUUGUGUGGUGUACAGUAUAUGAUACUAUUGAUUGUUAUGGGGAAAAGAAGUUUUUAAGAGGUGGAUUUCCAUGCAUUAGGUACAGUGGACAUUAUUUUGCUACUACAUUAAUCUACAGUAUUUUAUUGGGAUUUUUGGGCAUGGAUAGAUUCUGCUUAGGUCAAACUGGAACUGCCGUUGGUAAAUUAUUGACCCUUGGAGGAGUAGGCAUUUGGUGGAUUGUGGACAUUGUCUUAUUGGUAACAAAUGGUUUGCAGCCAGAGGAUGGUAGCAAUUGGAAUGCAUAUGUAUAAUUUGAAUGUUGACAAUAAAUAUUUCACAGGAAUCUAAA